GGAUGCUGCUGGCAGUGAAGCCCUCCUGAACCCAAGUGGAGAAGACCUUGAGAAGCUGGGAUGGUGGGCUCCAUCGACGCUUCCCGGGCCCCGCUUGCUGGUUGCUUAGAAGGCCAAGGGGACUUUGGAGUCCAGCAGGAUUGGAAGACCAUCUCUCAACAUGCCUAAGAGCCGGACACCUUCAAAAGAGGCUUGCCCAGCAUAUGGACCAUACCUGGGAUACAAGGGGCCCUCUUGGCCAGUGUUUCUUCUAACAGGUUGCAUCUUGAGUUCCUCUUGCUUUUGGUUGAUUCAAGCCGAAACAAAUAUUCCUAUUAAGUCGGAGCCCUGGAUACCUUUGAGAGAAAGCGAAGUUACCCUCAUCCCAGGAGGAGUCUUAAAAAAUGUUUCGGCCUGCUUCUGGUACCGAGGAGACAGAACCAACGAGUCCCUCAUCGUAGUGUAUGAGCUAUCACCCACGUCUCAAAUCCAUUAUGGACAAGCCUACACCAAACGGGAGACGAUAAAACCGAACUGUCAUCUCCACAUUGCUAAUCUAACAGCGAAAGACAAUGCCUUCUUCAUAGUACACAAGAAGAGUGAAGCAGCGGAAUCUGAAGUUGGUAGAGUGUUCUUACUGGUUGGAGAAAAGGAAUCAGAAGAAGAUGAACUAUCUUUAAAGAAAGUCGAUUUAUCUGACUUUGCUUUACUAGGGAUCGUUGUCGGCUGCAUAAUUGGAAUCGCCUUUCUGAUAGGGGUGGUGGGGUACGAAGCCUCCUCGGGUUCAAGCCCCCAAACAGCAAGGGCGAAUGCUCCAGCGGGGGCCUCAUCCGGUCCUGAUGCCAAAUCGAAACCUGCAGCGAAGGGCGCACCUAAAGCCAAGGGUGGCAAGUAAACUCAAGGCCUUCUCAGCCCAGAAUAUUGCCUGCAAUCAGCUUUGGAACAGCAUCACCCCAGUCUACGGACCACCUACAUU